UGAUCCGUGCAGAUUUCUCUCCGGACAAGAUAUGUUUAUGUAGAACAGUAUCGUAAUAGUAUUGCUCCUGGAUGGUGCUUGAGAGAACGCAUCUUUUUAAAUGAUUUCUCUCCGGACAAGAUAUGUUUAUGUAGAAGUAUUGCUCCUGGAUGGUGCUUGAGAGAACGCAUCUUUUUAAAUGGCAUCUACAAGUGACUGAGUAAUUAUACUCCAAGCAAUAAGAAGCAAGAUGUUUUGCCAGAGGGCACUAGCUAAGAUCUCCAGAAGCCUGACAAGAUGCACAACAAGACCUGUCCUAGGCUCGCUGCAGGGCGUGCUGCGGUCACUGUGGCAGGUGUCCCGAGCCAGCUCCACACAGGGCACGCUGCACGAGCUGAAGACUCGGGGGUUGGUGGAGCUGAGUGGUCGAGACACUGUGGACUUCUUGCAGGGUCUUGUCACCAGCGAUGUUGCCGCCUUGGAGGGAGAUGUAGCCGCUCAGUACUCCAUGAUGCUUAAUGUGCAGGGUCGAGUGCUGUAUGAUCUGCUGCUGUAUCGACACCCGGACAGUGCUGUGUGUGGUCAGUCUGACCAGCCCCGCCUCCUGCUGGAGUGUGACCGCACAAUGCUGGACGAGAUGCUCAAGGUCAUCCGAAAAUACAAGAUCAGAAAGAAGGUCAAUAUCCGCCCUGUGGAUGAGGAGUGGAGACUGUUUGCUGUGGUGACGGACGUUGAACAGAGAGGGGUGACAGUCGGGGUACCUGACCCCCGAGUGCCUACAUUUGGGAGGAGGGUUUUGCACCCUGCUGACAGGCCAGACCUGGAGGUAGAAGGGAUGGAACUGGAGUCGGAGACGGAGUACCACCGGCGCCGCUACAUGUGGGGGAUCCCAGAGGGGGUGUCGGACCUGCCUCCAGGGAACUGCUUCCCACUGGAGAGCAACCUGGUGUUUCAUCAAGGAGUGAGUUUCCAGAAGGGCUGCUACAUUGGUCAAGAGCUGACCGCCCGGACGCACCACACCGGGGUCACCAGGAAGAGACUCAUGCCUCUAGUGUUUGACAGAGAUGGCGGUCCCAUAGAGACGGGGACGAACAUUACAAGAGAUGAUGGCAAAAAUGUUGGCAAAUUCAGAAACUCAGUUGGCAAAUAUGGACUCGGACUGAUUCGCAUGGCUGAUGUCAAAGGUCAACUGUCUGUAGCCAAUACGAGUGGAGAGGCUGUUCCAGUGAUUACCAACCCUCCCUUGUGGUGGCCGCACGAAGCACAAAUACAGUGGAAGACUGAGAGAGGGAAAUGAUCCCAUGUGUUCAACACACCGUGGAAAACUAUGUAUAGUGCAAAACCUCUUGAGAUUACGAUAUAGAAGUUUGUUAAUUGUAACAAGAUUUUAGUUGUGUUAUUGAAUAUACUGAUGGUGAAUGUG